CGUGCCCCUUGUAGGGCCAGUACGGCUUCCGUGAUGGGCCGCCGUUAAGUAAACAGAUGGUUGUGCUCGCGGCGUGACCCAGACGCUUUGAAAUAAUCGCCUAGGUUUGUCAUCGUAGUUGUACAAUGGACUCGGCCUCCAGGGUCUCAUCAUGACCAAUGUGAACUGCUGGCAGCAAAGCCAUGGCCACCAUGUUCGACCACAAUCGAAACUCGACGGGACUCAAGUUUCCCAAGAAAGAAUGGACCAGAGAGAUCGAUCGCAGCUGGGACCAAGCACUACCGGUACCCAAGUGGGCCAUAUGCUCAGGACCCUGGCUAGUGGCAGGAGCUUCGUUGGCUUGUUUUGGCCACAGCUUAGCUGGUGACUUUGUAUUUGACGACACAGAAGCAGUGGUGCAUAAUGUGGACGUACAGCCAGAAAUUCCACUGCGUCGCAUAUUUCAAGAUGACUUCUGGGGCACCGAGUUGCAGUCCGAGUCAAGCCAUAAGUCAUACAGGCCCCUUACAACGCUAACUUUCAAGCUCAACUGCAUGUUGGCUGGAGGCCUUGUAGCCAGCCACUUUCAUGCUGUCAACGUGGUCCUCCAUGCACUCGUGUCACUCCUCUCGCUGCGUCUCUUCAGGGUACUUCUUCAGGGGGCACCGCGUGCCUCCCUCCUCUGUGCCCUACUGUUUGCUGUGCAUCCAGUUCAUACAGAAAGUGUGGCAGCUGUGGUGGGCAGGGCAGACCUGCUGUGUGCUGUGUUCUUCAUCCUCUCCUUCCUGUCUUUCAUUCGCUCCUGCUCGUCAGAGAAUGCCUGGUCAUCGUGUGUCUGGCUCAUGACAUCUGCAUCUUUGAGCGUUGUGUCCAUGCUUUGCAAGGAACCUGGCAUUACAGUCAUAGGGUUGUGCUUAAUAUACGACACAGUUAUCAUCUGUAACAUUGAUCUUCACUACAUCAUCACCCAAAGAAGUGGCAUGGUUCAACUUAAGAAGCAACUUUUCCCAGCAGCUCUGCGGCAAGGCACCCUCGCUACGGUGGCUUGUGCAGCACUGGCUAUACGCUGGAAGGUCAUGGGUUCGUCUUCACCGGUGUUCCAAAGGAUUGACAACCCGGCAUCCUUUGAGGAGAACUUCUUUGUGAGGGUGGCAAACUACAACCACGUGUAUGCCCUUAACGCCUGGCUGUUGCUGUGUCCACAAUGGCUGUGCUUUGACUGGUCCAUGGGCUGCUUGUCCCUCAUCCGUUCCAUCACAGAUGUUCGCAUUGUCAGCGUUGUUGCCUUCUGGCUCUCCCUUUCUGUGCUUAUCAGCCGAAUGGUGCUGGCAGCAGAUGCCCAGCUGCGAAGAUUGCUGUGCAUAGCGCUGUCUCUGUUGGCGGUGCCAUUUCUGCCCGCUUCGAACCUCUUCUUUCGUGUGGGCUUUGUUGUGGCCGAGCGAGUGCUCUACCUUCCCAGCCUGGGCUUCUGCUUGCUGGUCGUUCUUGGAAUGGCACGCCUCGCUGCCGCUUUGCCCCAACACCGGCAGGUGUUGCAGUACUGUCUGAUAGUGCUGCUACUGGUUUUCACUGUUAGAAGCGUACAGAGGUGUCGUGAAUGGACAAAAGAAUCUUCACUGUUCGAGUCUGGUCUCAAAGUAUGUCCAGGAAAUGCGAAGGUGCACUACAACUUUGCGAAGAAUGUGGCUGACAGCGGGAACCGAGAGGGGGCCAUCCGGGCCUACCGGGAGGCGCUGCGCCUGCACCCAGACUAUGACCAGGCAAUGAACAACCUGGCAAACAUCCUCCGGGAUGCGGGUGAACUGGAAGAGGCACAAGCUUUGCUCCAGAGGGCUGUCCAGCUUAGGCCAGAUUUCGCAGCUGCCUGGAUGAACCUAGGCAUUGUUCAGAGCAGUUUAGGCCUGCUGGAUGACGCUGAGCAGAGCUACCGAACUGCCAUAAGCCACAGAACCAAGUAUCCAGACUGCUACUACAAUCUUGGAAACCUGUACCUGGAGCAAAAGCGCUAUGAAGAUGCCUAUCGUGCAUGGCGAAACGCUACUCGGCAGCGACCAACACAUCUCGUCUCAUGGAACAACCUCGUCCUGAUGCUGGACCAACGAGGUCACGCAGCUGAUGCUGAGCGUGCCGCACUCCAGGCUCUGAGGCACCUCCCCCACGAACCUGCCCUUCAUUUCCAACUGGCCAACAUUCUCGGAAAGGCAGGAAAAUACCAGCGCUCCGAGCAGCACUUCCUGGCAGCCAUUCGUCUUAAACUGGACAAUCCCAGCUAUCACACCAACCUUGGUGUGCUCUACCACCGCUGGAAGAAAUACGACCAGGCAGAGGAGUGCUACCGACACGCAUUGAAGCUCAAGCCUGACCUGAAAAGUGCUCGUGACAACCUGAACAUGCUGCUACAGCAAACGAGGCUGCAACCUGUUGAAACAAAACGUUGAUUCAAGCACUGGCGGCCACAGUGGUUUACAAUUGAAUGACCAUGGAUACGCUCAUUGCAUUGUCACAAGCUGUACGUAUUGAUGGUUCAGUUUAGCGAGUGUCACAUUAACCUUUUUCUACAAAUUUAGCCAUACCAAAUGACAAAUUAACGACAAAUUCCCAGUGAUGAUGUCUAUAACCAGUUGUGAACCUUGUCACUAGAUGUAAAGAAUCUCAUAUGAAUGGGCUAGUGCGGAUGUCAGGAAUUUUAUAUCAGGCAAACCGAUAUUAAGCCUCUUGGAAAUCACUUGGAUAGUGCACUAUUUGUCCCUUAAAAAAAGAACAUAAUAAUUUCCAGCUUUUUGUUUCAAAGGUGGUGCAGAAAUAAAGCUAUAGAUCACUGUUUGCUAAGCCAAGUGGAAGAUUGAAAAGAAAGAAAUGACAAUUUAUAUCAGCGUGUUCCUUCCCGAGUGCAGAACCAUUUUGAAAUGCACACCUAGUAUUGCACCGAUUACACAUUCUAAGUUCUUACAACAUAAAUGGUAAUUUCUAUUGCAUGGUCUGCAGCAGGUACACAAAUACUUAAGCGAGCACUCUCAUUUAAUUAGCCAAAUUUAGCAGUGGCAACGAAAAUUGCUCAACACCAAAUCUUGGCAGAGUUGCCAUGUGUUGCUGGUUCCAGAAAUGCUAUUCAGUUUCUGCUGACUUUUUUGUGUGUUGCCACUUCUGCAUUUUGCACUGUGUAAGAUAGCUGAGCUCUUUUACACAGACAGAAAAUGCAGUCAUCAUGCAAAAAUAAAGCAAAAUACGAAAUCACGAUGUUGUACAUCAAGCUAAAGCCAUGCAUACCUGUCUCCUGAGUAGGUGAUAAUUUGAGCUUAUGACUGAGUCCAUGGCCAGGCAGUGAAGAGCAAGAGAGUGCUCUGGGUGCAGAGCAAGUUGAUCUGAAACAACCCAGAGUAAUGGUAGAACCUGCUGCAGAUCAACCAGUGAAAUCUGCUAGUCUUGCUUUCUUGCACCAAAAAUGCACACGACUGUGAAACUGAACAAAUGUGCUUGAAAAAGAAAUGCACAGUGACCUGAGAAACCAGUCUAGUUUCGGCAUUUGAAACGAUGCAUUUUACUUAGAGAGAUCACAGUGGAAUUUUUGUACCAUUAUGUUGAAUCCAGUGCAAAAGAGCACAUGAAAUACACGCUGUGCUCAAAAUGACUGAGAUGAGGUUCUUGCACGUGAUUUUCAGAGCAAAAGGCUUUUCUAUCCCAUGGUAUCUCAGUGUGUUUUAACAUUUAAUAAAGUACUGUGCUCACGGAAUGAAGUGCAUCAGGAAAUGUUUAAAUAUGACACUCCACAUGUGGUAUUACCAUGUCAUGUCGCUGCGAAUCUGGUCACUAAAGGUGAUCGUGGAUUUUGGUUUAAGUGCACAAGCCAAAAUUGCACUGAUGUUACACGAACUGCAGACAGGGAAAAAAAAGUGUGUGGAUUAGUUAGCCCUAAAUUAAUUCAUUUUAAUCCGUGAGUACUGUACAUGCUUUUAUGGUAUUCUGGGUGCAUGUGGUCUUUAUUUGUGUGUAGUAUACGUGCAUAUACUACAUUGUGAUGCUGCUGAAUAUGUGCCAUGCACUGUGUGUUCACCGAUCAUAAUGUUCUGAAGUAUGUCUCAGUUUUUCUUGCAGCUGGUUUUUCUUGCAGUAUGUUUGCCUUCUACAGAACAGCAUGCAAACAUUUGUUAUAAGUUUGAUGCAUCAGUUUCGCUAAUUCAAAUGCUGCACAGAUGUGUCGCAUAAGGCUUUAUCUCUCAUGAUGCUGCCUGUGAUUAAUGUUGUUCUGUUUCUUAUACAUUUGUUGUAAAGCUUUUGUUAAAAAUAAAAGGAGAAUGAGACGACAUUAUAGUUUGCCGAGCCAUUUAGUACAGAAGUGUUGAUGUUAGCACAGCAGCAUCAUGAAGGGAGUAAAUGUCCCAUUCUGAUCUCAACCUUUUCUGUAGUUUGUGAUACGAGAACAUCGUUGAUGACCUUCUUCUCAGAUGUCCAAAAGCAAUAAUGCUGCAAAAGUUGUUCUCCAUUCAGGGGUGUAAACGCGGCUUAACUGUGAUGCCGUAAUUACAUAGUUCUCAGCAGAACCAGUAAUCAUUGUUAAAUUAUUGAUGAGCCCUUAACGUAAAGUUCUCGAAAUUCUCAAAGUAAUAUGUAAAUAUUGUAAGAAAAACAAGGUGCGUAAAUGAACAUGAUAGUGCACCUCUAACUAUUCUUCCUUUUACAUAAAGAGAAACAUGCAAAAUGGCUUUCAACAUCCUUCGAGUGUUGGCUGUAAAUUUACGGCAAUGAUCCAAGCAACCAUUUUCUUAAAGACGAAUACCAAGUUAAGCUGGCUUGAUAAAAUUCACUUUCAGAAUACAGAAACUGUCAGUGUAACUGCAAGUGUAGGUUGAUAAUAUAGUGGCAAACUGGGCGCAUUGGUACAGGUUCAUCUUCGAAAAGGCACUUAGAUUGAGGGCCCAUGUCCCUUCCUUGCUUUUUCCCUCGUUCUAAGUGUGUUUUCAAGUAUGAACAUGAGUGUAGGCUUGGCUAAAAAAAUGUAAAAAUGAACUAUAGGUAGACCUACAUAUGCUACCUUGUAGUUCUUGCAUUCAGCCCCCAUGGUGUCAUAGAAUUUUGUCAGUCUCUGCUUGGGAUUUGACAAACAAUAAGCGCAUUACGUUCUAAUAGAACCAAAGAUGAAAGCUAGCAAGCUUUGAGAAUUCUACACAAAAAUAGCCGAAGCGCACAAAGAUACUUUGAACGUUUUUGACAUCACACUCAACUGCUGGCAUUGCAAUUCAUGUGUCAAAUUCAAGAAGCAAAACUUUGGCCUACAUUUUCUUUGUGUGUAAUCAACUCCUUUUUGCCAAUAAAUACGUACAGGUCACACCUUGAAAGAAUAAUUCACUGAUAUAAACAGAUUCGAUGUUGCUACUUAGUGUCACUUUAACUUUGGCUUCUCCCAUAUUGAUGUGAAGUAGUAAAUCAUCAUCUGCCGCUUCUGUUUAUCUUGAAACUGUUUGCGGCUGUAGCAACUGCUUUUCUGCAGAUGAAGCUGUGUGUAUGUGUGUUUGUAUUUUUGACCAUUAGAACCCACUGGAUAAGAAGUGCUGAAGUGGUAAGAAAGUGGCUGGUGAUGAUGGACAGUCAUUGAGGAAGCACCUUAUGCUUCAGCUUUUCUUUAAUAGCUAGUUACUCAAUACUGUUUUGAGAUUACUUGACUGUGCCUCACAUAUUUUUACUAAGAACAAAAUACAAGCUCUGUUCUUAGACACAAGAAAAGUUAUGUUGCAGCACAGAACUGCUUGGAGCAACUUGCUACCAAGCACCCUUGGGUUCGAGAAGUCGGCCUCCCUUAAGCCUCCUGAUCCUAAGAAAUGUAACCAAGUCUUUCACUUCGUCACUCCUUUUUGAAUGAAAGAGAACUGUUGCACCCGAAUUAAUAGCAGCAAAUAUUGUGCAUGCUAUGACUGUAUGAAAAACUAAUGUGAAGAACAAUGUGAUUUCUGUAAUGCUCAAGUGCUCCUUUCGAUGUGUGAAAAGUUGCGAUAUGUAUUUUUUUGCGUGUGGUAAAAUGCUUUUCUGCAUUCCAGAGAUCUUGCUGCUUUCAUGUGUGCCAUGUUUUGUUUUGAAGUGAUGAGCAGUGGUGGAACAAGGAAUGUUGCUGGAACCAACAUUCCAAUAAGGAAACUUGUCAGGGACCCGAAGAAGACAAGUCCACUUGUUGAAACGUUGGCUCCAGCGACAUUCCUUGUUCCACAAAUGCUCAUCACUUUAAGCUUCCAUCUCCCUGUGAACUUGUCUUGUUUGGAUGUAUUGCUUUGGCCACUAAAAAAAAAGUGUUUUAUGAGGCAUUGCUCUAUAUAGAAUUCAUCUGCAUACUGUUCAUUUUAGCAUUCAUUCUUAUGAUUGUGUUGGGCUUCAUGUUUAAAUCCAUGCUUUUGUUCAUGAGCUGUGUCAUGGACAGCAAAGUUGCCUUUUAAGCUUAGACAUUUUCUUAUUUGUGCAUGUCUACAUUAGCAAGUAUUGCUGCUUUAUUUUUUUAAUCAUUAGUUGUGUGCCACAUACAAAGCUACAUGUUCCAGUGUCACAUUAUCAAGCUGUCAGUGUCUGUCUUAUACAGCUGUAAUAAUCAAAUGAAGUGUUUACCA